GGGCGCCCUCCCCCCUGCCCGGGGCGCCGCCUCCCUGCCCGGGCAGCGCUUAUAUAGAGCGGGGAGGCGGUGCGGGGCAGUAGCCGGGCGGGUGUUGAGGGGCAGCAGCCAGGAUGAGCGCCGGCUUCUUCCAGAUCCUGAGGGCCAAGAAAGAACUCAUUCCCCUGGCCGGAGUGGUGUCCUUCGCAGCAGUCGGGGCACUCGCUUUCUCUGCCUAUUCCCUGUUCAGCAAAUCUGAUGUGAUCAUUAACAAGAGUGGCAAUCCAGAACCAUGGGAAACUGUUGAUCCUACCAAGCCUCAGAAGCUACUAACAGUCAAUCAGAAAUGGAAACCUAUAGAAGAGCUGGAAAAUGUCAAAAAGCUUACGAAGUGACAAGUGUCUGUUCCCUCAAAAAGGUACCCUAUGAAUCUAGUGGAAUCACUUCUGCACAAACUUGACUACUGAAAUCAGUGUGCGGAAAUGCUUCUGCUACAUUUUUAGGGUCUCCCUACAUUUUUUGGACUCUGGAUGAGGAGUUUCAUGUUGCCUUAGAAGUUGGCAUACAACAUCCACACAGUCCAAAAAUCUGUCUCAAAUACCCAUUUUCAGGAGGCGUUUGCUGUCAAGCGUUGACUAUUCAGAUAGCAAUUAUAGAUGGAAAAAGCCUACACACUUUUUGUAGAUUUUUUUUUCUCAAAAUACAUUAAUUUUGUAGGUUUUUAUAUUUUUAAUAAAAUAUAUCUUAAAUUUUUACAACAUGCCAUGUAAAUUCUAUAAAUGGAUACCAACCAAAAGCCCUUCUAAAUUAGGAUUCCUGGUCUGCUCCCUCUCUAAACUGUGUUUCAAUGCUUAAUAGAGACCAAGUAGUCAUCGUAGUCAGGGAAUGUCUUUGUAUGGCAACAUAUAUAGUCAUAAAGUAUACUUGUAUUUGUUUUCUGCGUUAGAUGUGAUGGCAAUUUAAGUCAAAACUAAUGUUUUAGAGCUAAUACUAAAACUUAACGCAUGUGCUCACCUUAAUCUACUGAGGGGUCCAAUAGGUUAUUUAAGGGUAUAUUCAAGACUGCAGGAUUAGAAAAUAAUUAAGCAUAGCUAAAAGAGAUAAUUUCUAUUGUAUAUAACAAUUGCUUUUGUUCAAAUUUACAAGGAGUAACUAGAAUGGGGAAACUGAGGCUUUCCAAAAUUAAUUACAUAAUGUUAAUUUCUUCUUUUUGUGCAAGGUAGUUCAUGUGCAAGCUCAAACGUACUGCACAGUUAGCGUGCGUCUAGAAAUGCUUAAAAAUAUUGUUAUUAGGGGCAUCUGCUUUAACAAAGAGAAAAUGCCAGAUUCAAAUUAGAAAUGUCUCUAUGAGGAGAGUUUCUCUUUACGUAUCUUUGUGUUUUCUUAUGAGUUGCUCAGGGAAAGAAAGUAAUGGGCAGAUCCUCAGUAAAUUAAUGAGGCGAUAUAUGCAACCGAUGGUACAAUAUUCCUUUGUGGAUAUUUUCUGUGUGUGUUCCUGUCUAAGCAGUUUCACAAUUGAUUACACAGCUUCUCAGAACACAUGUUAUUUUCUGUGAGGAAGAAAACAAAAGUGAAACAACUGCUAAUUGGAAAAAGUCCCUGUAAGUGAGUAAUAGUGUAGUGUUUUAGGUUACUCUGCAGCAGCAGAGACGAAACUUAAGUUAGUAAAGCUGUCUCCUGAAUUUUAAGGUAGCUUGGCUUCAGAAGCUUUUUGUUUUCUUCAGAUAUAUUGAUGCCGAGGAAAAAAAAAGUUAGAAUGUUAUUUUUUUCUAUACUUGUGUCCCGACGCAGUGUGUUUAUCAAGUAAGGAUGACUCAGCAGCAUUUAUGUUUGAGAGGAACUCCAAGGCUUUAGAAUGCUUUCUUAGCUUUCAUUUUAAGGAAUGAUAUUACAACCACGGAAGUCAGUGCUCUGAGGGAUACAAGUUGGAAAUAUUUUAAUAGAAAAAUAUUUUAUAAUAUUUUGUGUAAGUUAUUCUGCAUUGCCAUAGUUUUACUGGACUGUUAUCAAACAAACCAGAAGUGCUGUGCUCUAAGUUGAUGCGUGAAUUAAAUGAGUUCGUUCUUCAGUAAAUCACUUGUAUGGUCUGUAAAUACUGUGACCUAAGUAUCUGUCAGCAUUUGGGGGGAAAAAGGGGUAAGUCGUUUUUAUGUAAUUAUUGUACUUAACUACUUUUCAGUGGUGUCUUCUAGUAGCACAUUAAGCGGUGUGACUGCCAUCAGUCACAGGUUGUUCCUUCUCUCAUCCUGUGCUGAAGCGUAAUAGCAGAGGGACUGGGAUGGUUUGCUUUGUUCACUGAUGAUUUUUUUAAUACAGAUUUAUGGGGAAGGUAUUCACAUAAUGUGAGAAAUCAAAAUACUUUUCUGCACUUUGAAAAGAUUAUGAAUAUUGUUAAAGUCCUUGGGACAAUUUUGUGUUCUUAGACUGUCCCUAAAAACACUCUGUCUCCUGCACAGAUGAAUUCAUUCUUAUAAAUAGAGCAAUUACUCUAUCUUCCCCCUCGACACAAACCUAUAAAGCAAUAUACAAGUUAUUUUCUUGUUCAACAGACAUCAGAGUUAAGAAGGUAGAGAUCUAAUUGGCAGAGUUUUAUGAGCUGACUUUUAUGAGAGCAAUAAGAUUUCCACGUCCUGUAUCAUGCAAACCCAUGACUUUUUAUCCUGUGGACAAUUCAGAGGCUGUUGAAAUAAAGUUCACAAUGUUCUUCCUUCUAUUCAUUCUGUUGUCUCCAUUUUGUCUUCUGCUCCAUUCGUUCUUGGGUUUAGUUUUGUCUUUUUUAAGCAAUCAGUGUCUUUACUCAGCCUGUCGAGUACUUUUCCGUGGAAGUAUAUCCCUUUCAACUUUCAUAUUAAUUACAGAGUUUAAUUAAAAUGACCACAUUUAAAUUUUUAAAUAUAGAUUAGAAACCAUUAGAAAUUCUUCUAAUUAGAAAUGCAUCAUUAGAAUCUAUGGUUGUGCUUUUCUAACUGCAGGUGGCUGAUAAGUAGUCUAUUUGUAAAUAGUGUUCUGAAGAACAGAAAGCUGCUUUCUGCAUUGUACAUCCAAUUAUUAAUUACUCAUUUUUGUUAUUGCAAUAAUACUUCAAGGUCUUAACCACGCUGAUACAAGAUCUGUGGUUAUCUAAGAGCUGUGCGUUUGUCAUUUGGAUUUCUUUGCAUACAGUAGCCUCAGUGUCAGCGUUUCUCUCUCCGAUGUCUCCUACCUCCCACAUUUCUCUUCCACGAGAUGCUAUUGGUGUAGUACUACACUGUCCGGUCACGUCAUUGGCGCGUGUGGUUUUUGUUGAAAAUAGUGACUUAGAGGUGCCCGAUGUAACCAUUAAAGGGAAUUGUUCAUCCUGCGGUUGUCAUCCGUCUCACUCCGUGCAGGGGGUGGUUGUCCCUCGGGCCAGCUGUAGAAGACAAACAAGAGUAAUGGGAAUGAUUCACUGGAUGUGGCCAAUAUUUGGUGUUGGACAUAUCCCAAAAAAGCUUUCAGAUUAAACAAACAGGGCCAGUUGUAGUUUGUUGUCCGAAGUCUUUGCUGAGCAGCGCCUCGCUGCCCUACAGCGAGCACGCAAGAUAGCGCCAUCACCUCAAAGCUGAAAUGGAGGUUCAAAAAGCAUUGCAGAGGGAGUGGAUGUGGGGCAGCGCCGUUGGACGUGGUAACUAUUGACCUUUGGGUAUUGAUGUGAAUGCGGGAAGAUUGUUUGCUGAAAGCUGCCUCCCACCCCGGCUAAUUGCACCCUUCGAGGAUGUCCAGUGAGCCAGCAGCCGCCCAGGCCAAAGAGCUGUUCUCCUGCCUGGCCUCACCCAGAUCAAAGAUCACACAUCCUGGUAGCACGGGGGCUCUGACAGCCCUGUUGAUGCUGUACCUUGACCUGAGGGCCGAAGGACUUCGAUUUAAUUAGCUUUUACUUUUAGAUGACCUUGUUUGGGGC